UCAUUAUUUCUUUCCAGAGAAGAAAAUAUGUUUGAUAGUUUUGGACUCAUUUGCAUGAUUUGGUGGUGUGUGGUGCUCUUUCAUCCCUUGCACGCUGACAUCCAGUGUAUGGAGUCAGAAGCACAAAAAUCACCUAUUACAAAUGUGAAUGUGGACUGGAGAAAAACGGAACUGUCCUGGGAGAGCAGCAAGAAUUUUUCUAUGUAUAAAUGUACCAUCAUGAACUGGGACAUGGAAAGCAUAGAGAAAGAGGUGAACAGUCCACUAUGCAGGUUUCCAAAGGAACUGUACAUGCCUCUGCACAAAGGGGUAUUCUUUAUCAUUGAAGUGCCAAACACAAACAUCUCAAAAAAAUGCACCUUUCUCCCUGGAGGUAUGAAUGAGUCGGCCAUUGAAAAUUUCUCCUGUGUGAUUUAUAACAUUUGCCUCAUGAACUGCACUUGGCAGGCAGGAAGGGGUGCUCCAGCAGAUACACAGUAUUUUCUCUACUGGCAGAACUCAAGAGAUGAUGGGCAGAUGGAAUGUGAGCUUUACAUUAAAGAUGAAAACGGCAGAAACGUGGGAUGUAGAUUCCAAAAUGUGAGGAUAGAGAUUGAAAAAGCUUACUUCCUAGUUAAUGGGUCUAGCAAAGACUCCCUGAUCCAGUUCUAUGAUGAGUACAUUGAACUGUAUAAAAUUGAAAUACUCGCUGCUCCAUUAAAUGUCACUGCCCAUUGUACUGGAGAUCCAGUGGGUUGCAUAAUUACAUGGCAUCCACCCCUUACAAGUCACGUGGAAAAAGUAAAGUGUUUUCAGUAUGAAAUUAACAUACAAAAUAAGGAUGAGCCCAAAGAAGAGAAAAAGGUUGUAAGGAAUGAUAGAUACGAAUUCCAAAAUUACAAUGAGAAAAACCGAUACAUUCUGAAAAUCAGAGCACGUGGAACAAAAUGUCUCGUAAGCUCAAAGUGGGGGGAAUGGAGUGAACCCAUUGAGUUUGGUCAAGGGAAAGAUUACUUUAUUUUUGUGAUUUUAUUUCUAAUAGCACUUGGAACAAUAUCAGUGACAGUGCUCCUGUAUUGUCUUUUCAAAAGGUAUUGCAGUUUCAAGAACAUACUUCCUCCUAUACCACAACCGAGAGACAAAUUUAAUGCAUUAACCAAUGAAGAUAUCCAGACAGAAUAUGUAAAUCUACCAUCAAAAAGUCAUACCGAGGAAAUAACUACAGUUGAAGAGAUGACCCAACUUUCCAAGAAGAAAAUACACUGAUGCCCCCAAUACAAAAGCAUAGAUCCUGCUGACAAGUACUUCAAACCAGCCUAUAAAAGAAUAUAAUUGCCUAUAACACUGUUUGUUCCAUAAAAAUCCACUUAAAUGCAGCAGGUGAAACAAGGGGAGAAAAAUCUGUGAAAUUUAUUCUUCGCCCUUUGUUUGAAACCAAAAUGGCCAGCAGCCACACUUUUCUGUAAGUGUCUACUUCGAAGACAUGCUUAAACCUGGCUAGGAUGUUCUUCACAAUGUGAGACAAGGCCUCUUAUCCAGAAGAAACUCACUUCCCGUCUUCAUUGCUAGGAAGCUUCUUUCCUCUGACUAUAAAGGUUUCCUGGAAGAUGACAGGCCUGUUUAAGAAUGCCACAGUAAUUUUAUGAUCGUACAGUUUUUAUAUGCUCAGGGGUUUUUUUAGCAGAAACUAUUCAAAAUGUGUUUAAAAUUGGCCCUUUAAUCUUCCAACCAGCAAUACCAAAGACAAAAAUGGCAAAUAAAAUUA